GGUUUUGGGUUAAGGCAAGAGAGAGACAAGAUUGAGAUGGUUUGGACAUGUCAGAAGUAGGGAUGAGGUGUAUGUGGGAAGGAGGAUGCUGGAGGUAGAGAGAAAGACCAAAUAAGAGAUUUAUAUGUGCAGUGAAAGAAGACAUGCAAGUGGUGGGUUUGACAGAGGAAGGCGCAGAAAAGGGAGUGUAUUGGAGAAGGAUGAUCCGCUGUGGCGACCCAUAAUGGAAGCAACCGAAAGGAGAAGUAGUGUGACGUGAGGCCAGCAGUCAACCAUCAUGGGCGGGGAGUACGUGUGCACGCUGAGCCCUGAGCUUGUGCAGCGGGCCAAGGAUGAGAUUAACGAGGUCCCGGAGAGGCGCGCCGCGGACAUAGAGCAUAUUAGAGACUGGCUCAAGCAUCAGCCACACAUCAAUGCCAGAAUGGAUGACUGGACCAUCUUGCGAUUCCUGCGAGGCUGCAAGUUUUCGCUGGAGCGCACCAAGGAGAAGCUGGACAUGUUCUACACUUGCAAGACGCUCUGCCCCGAGUGGUACAAGAACAGGGACCCGCAGGACAAGAAGAUGCGCGCCAUCCUCGAGCUCGGGCUCGUGAUGCCACUGCCUCGCAGUGUGGAGGACCAAAGCAUCACCGUGCUGGCUCGUCCCGGCCUGAGAAAUCCCAACACUACCUCGAUGGACGACAUGAUGAAGGCGGUGCUGGUGACACUGGACUUACUUCAGCAGGAGGAGGAAUCUUUAGGCAUUGUGGGCUUCCAGAUGCUGCUUGAUGCUGGCGAGAUGACCUUGGCCCACGCCUCCCAGAUUACUCCGCCGCUGAUAAAGAAGUUUGCUACUUUGAUUCAGGACGGCUACCCAAUGCGACCCAAGGGACUCAACUACAUCAACACACCCGCAGCCUUCGACACGGUGUUCAACAUCUUCAGGUCAUUCAUGAAGGAGAAGAUGAAGAAAAGAGUCCACAUCCAUGGCAGCGACAUGGAAAGCCUCUACAAGCAGGUGCCGAGAGAGAUGCUGCCUGUGGAAUACGGAGGCACCAACGGCACCGUAGAAGAGAUCAAAAACUACUGGCUGCAGCGCCUUGACGCCCGCCGGGACUGGCUGCUGGAGGACGAGAAGUACUGUGUGGACGAGUCUAAGCGCCCAGGCAAACCCAAGACCUCCGCUGAACUGUUUGGCAUCGAGGGAUCCUUCAGGAAACUCGAUGUUGACUGAAGGAUGAAAUUUCCCGCCCAAGAAUGGCUGCCUUUGUUGUUGUUGACAAUGGUGAUGGUGGUGGUGGUGGUGGUGGAGUGAUGGUGUGAGUGUGUGUGUGCGUGUGUGCGUGUGCGUGUGCGCGUGUGCGCGCGUGUAUGUGUGUGUGUGUGUGUGUGUGUGUGUGUGUGCAUGCGGGAAAGAGCGAGCACGUGCCUUCCUUGUGCAUUGUGUGAAAAUUUGCUGUAAUUCUGAGUAAAAACUUCAUAUCUAUUCAGUAUGUAACGGUAUAAUUUAUAAAUAAAUAGUAGAGCAAUUGAAGUUCCAAUAAUCA